UUCAGUACAAAUGUAAGUGCCUGCAUAUUUUGGAGUUGCUAUGGUGAAAUUGACGGAAGAAGUCCUGCUUUUGCAGAGUGUAGACAGCAGUAGCGUCGAUUCUUCUGCCUUGUCUUCUAGUUUUUCAUCGUGUGCAAAUGACGGUGAUCAGAACUCAAAUGAGCAGUCCGAAGUCAAUUCGCCUCUUGCUUGUCUGCGGAAAAUUAACUGCUGGGGCUCCGAUAUUGACGACAUCUCCAUUAUAGAAGAUAUGACGCAGUUAGAAGUUGUCAUUCUAAGUUCGAAUUCUGUAUCCGAUCUGUCUCCUCUCUCAAAGUGUAAGCAGCUGACCCAGUUAGCACUCAGACGCAAUAAAGUAUCUGAUUUGCACCAAUUAAUCCACCUGAAAGACCUUCCCAAGCUGAAAACAUUAUGGCUACUAGACAAUCCAGUAGCAGAAGAUGAACAAUAUCGGAAAUCUGUCAUCAGAAUGUUACCACAAUUGAAUAAAUUGGACGGAAAAGUAAUAACAGAACACGAAAGAAGCGAACUCACAUCAGAAACACUCUGUAAUGAUGAUCUCACAAUCGAAGCAGAGGGUGAUCAGAAAGUGAGCAAAAACAAUGCAAUAGAUAGCCAAGCGGUGCUUAAACUGUCCAAUGGAUUAUUAGAAAAUGGGUGCCAAAAUGAAAAUGCUGAGCAAACUGAUGUUUCGGAGGAAUCGAAAUCUGAUGAAGGAGUUGUGGAAAUGAAAAAGAAUGGGUUUAAGAAUGAUAACAGUAUACAUGUGCUGAGUGACUAUGCGAAUGAUAUGGCCAAGACGAGCAUAAUGAAAGCAACUCAAGAAGUGAGAGUAAUGGGUGCAAAGCUCUAUUCGGCACCCUUGCUUCCUGUGUUUAAACAAGCAAGUCUUCAUUCGACAAUUGCAUGCGAUGAUUUAAUGCGUAGCAUCGAUACUUGUGCUAAAGAUACACCCUGUGAAUCAUCAAAUGUGGAACUGGAAAAGAGCUGUACUGUUCGUGCUAUUGAAUUGCUACUAGAAACUCUUUCUCCUAUAGAAUUGCAGCAAAUAUAUGCAUCUGUUUCGUCUAAACUGUCAAAAUAAUUUUGCAUCUUUAUAAAUGUUCAAUAAACUUAAAUGUGUAGCUUGUAAAAUUGUACAUAAAUUCGAUCUUUAAUUUCUCUG